AUGAAGGAACAACACUGGUGUCCCCUUUACACUUCCUUUCAGAGGCUGCUGUUACUCCUAGUGUCGCUGUGUCUCUCCCCCUCCUGCUCUGGGAGGACCUGGGCUCAGAGGAAACUACCCUGUGAUGUCAUCUCUCUCAACCAUUCACUGGCCUACGACUGCUCGUGCAGGAAGCUACUCCGGGUACCCCACGAUAUCAGCUGGAAUGCCACAGAGCUCGACCUGUCCUCCAACCAAAUCAAGACACUCUCCAGCUCCUCGUUCUGGAACCUCCAGAAUCUGACUCUGCUAGACCUUAGCUAUAACUUCAACCCCCAGGGACAUCCAUUGAAGAUAGAGGACCAAACAUUCUCCAUGCUGGAUCAGCUGGAGGCACUGCUCCUUGACGGUAAUGGCCUUUGCACAGUGCCGAGGGGCCUUCCGUCUGGGUUGCAGAUUUUGUUUCUGAGGUACAAUGACAUCAGGACUGUAACACCGGAAGACUUCAGGGAUAUUCUACGAAUUAAAGUCAUCCGUUUAAGUGACAACUGCCAAGGGAGUGUCUGUAGUGGGACCCUGGAUAUUGCAAACCACACUUUUUCCAGCCUCACUAACCUGACAAACCUGACACUGUCUUUUAACAGACUGAAAGUAAUCCCUAAUUUUCUCCCCGCAUCCCUCCAGCUGCUCAAACUCGAACGGAACCUAAUCUCCCACAUUCAACAGCAUGACCUGAGUGCACUCACUAAUCUGAGCGCUCUAGACCUUUCGGGUAACUGUCCUGUGUGUUCUAACACCCCGUUCCUCUGCUUUCCCUGUAAUACACCCAACGGGGCACUACAGAUCCACCCAGAUGCCUUCAGGAGCCUCUCCCAGCUGCAGGAGCUGAGCCUAUCAGGAAACUCCCUAGAGCACCUACAAACAUCCUGGUUUGAGAACCUCACCAACUUACACUACCUGUACCUCUCAUUUAAUCGUCUGGUUGGGGAGAUAGCCACUGGGGACUUCCUCUCUGUGCUACCUUUCGUAGAAGUGAUGGACUUGUCUUACAAUAAUGCUGGACAGAAUUCCCACAACUUGACCCUCUCAAAGAAUUUUUCCAAACUGGCAUCUCUGAAGACAUUACACCUAGAAAACUAUGUUUUUUCAGCUCUUCACAAAAAUCACUUGGAACCACUUUACAGUUUAGCUAAUCUGUCUGUCCUCAAUUUGGGAACCAACUUCAUCUAUUGGACAGACCUUUCACUUUUUGAAAAGUUCCACAAUUUAUCCAGUAUUGGCCUCUCAGAGAACAGUCUGACUUUCCUGUCCAAGAGGGUAGAUGCCUUGUCUGUGAAUGGGUAUGGCUGGGGCUAUGAGCCAGAUAUAGACAGGUACGGGCCUUUCAUACACAAGGAUCAAUUCUACCGUCGCCAUUUGCCUAACAUUAAACCAGAGUGUCUUGCGUACGGUCCAGUGCUUGACCUCAGCAAAAACAACAUCUUCCACAUAAACCCUGAUAUGCUGCAGGGCCUGAACAACACAGCUUGUCUCAACCUGUCAUCUAACUUCAUUGGAGACAUGUUCAACGGCAGUGAGUUUGUACAUUUCUCCAAGCUGAAGUACUUGGAUCUAUCCCAGAAUAAAGUCUACCUGCGCUAUGAGCAUGCAUUCAGUGAACUGACAGCACUGGAGGUGUUGGACUUGAGUUAUAAUAAACAUUACUUUCUGGUCGCAGGGCUAAACCACAGUUUAGCGUUCCUAGAACACCUGGAUUCUCUGAAGGUUCUGAACUUGAGCUGGAAUGAGAUCAGCACCCUCACUGAUAAAACCAUGGCAAGCAGCUCCCUGCAAGAAUUGAACUUCCAGGGCAACCGCCUGGACAUCAUGUUGAAUGAGGGUCUGGACUUUAAUCAUCUUUUCAGAGAACUUAAUAACCUGACGUCCCUGGAUCUGUCAUACAACCAGCUCCGCCACAUCCCAUCUGAGGUAUACGACAACUUCCCCAAGGCCCUGAGACACUUGACUCUGAGUAAAAAUGGACUUGAGGACUUUAACUGGACCAUGCUCACACAACUGCCACAUCUGGAGGAGCUGGACUUGAGUAAGAACCACCUGGAGCAGGUGGCCUUAACUGUCUCCACUCUUAACAGUUCACUGAGGCUGCUGGACCUGAGCCAUAACAGGAUUUCCCAGCUAGCGCCUGGUUUCCUCAGCGGCGCCAGGAGCCUGUAUGUGCUGAACCUCAGCUUCAACCUGCUGGAGCUCAUCAACCAGACAACGUUUGAAACUGGAGCUGAGAACCACCUCCAGCAGCUGUCACUACAUGGGAACCCGAUCCACUGCACCUGUGACUUGCUGGAGUUCCAACUGUGGAUGAGGAGCAAUGAGGUGGAGAUCCCUCUGCUGGCCAGCGGGGUGACGUGCGACAUGCCCAUGGAGAGGAAGGGCAGGUCUGUGCUGAGUUACGACAUAGAGGAAUGCGUGAAGGAUGACAACGCAAUGGCCUUCUGCAUCCUCACGUUGUUACUCGUCGUUCACGUUCUGUUGGUAUCUCUCACAGCACACCUCUUUUACUGGGACCUGUCCUAUAUUCUUGACUACUGUGGGGCCAAGCUGAAGCACCAAUGUCUCUUACAGCACACAGCCUGUGUCUACGAUGCCUUCGUCAUGUAUGACACCACAGACCCGCUGGCCUCUGAUUGGGUGUUGAACCACCUUAGGGUGGAACUAGAGGAGCGCGGAGAGAGGGUUCGCCCACUCUGCCUGGAGGAGCGUGAUUGGAUGCCAGGGGUGCCUAUCAUGGAUAACCUUUCCAAUAGUGUGCGACAGAGCAGGAAAACGGUGUUUGUGCUGACAGAGGGCUUCCUGUCGCGUGGUGUGGUUAAAAUGGCCGCCCUGCUGGUGCAGCAGCGGCUGGUGGAGGAGGGUGUGGAUGCUAUGGUGUUGCUGCUGCUGCAGCCCCAGGUUCUGCGACGCUCACGCAUCCUCCACCUGCGCAGACGGCUCUGCAGGCGCAGUGUUCUGGAGUGGCCAGCAACUGCCUGUCCGGCUGCCCAGCGCUGGUUCUGGCACAACCUGAAGAGAGCCAUACGGAAAGAUCAGCGAGCCACACACGCAUCACUACACGGCACAUACUUCACUGGGCGGUGAACUCAAGGACAUGAAAAGAACUGACCAAAAACAGGAAACCGAUCAAAAACAUGGCUGAGUUUACUUACCCUCAGCUUAAAGGUCUCCAAUUCCUACUCUGCAGUGUUCUAGAAACAGCUCCUAGAGACAUGACGGUGUAGUUCCCCUUCACGCACGCGCGCACACACACACACACACACACACACACACACACAC